UUUUUGUGUUGUUGCUAUGAGAAACACAAAUGUUCUGCUCCGGCUUUGUUUGGAAAUAGUUGUGUUGGUGAAACAGUGGAUAAAAAUACAAUAUUGUGUCUAAAAUUUCACUCAGUGGAAAGCUUCUUGUUUUUGUGAACUGUUGUAUAAAGUUAAUAGGAACUUUUGUGAUCACACUCGAGCACUAAUAUUCAUGAAAAUGUCACUCUUGCUCAUGUGAUUUUUCAUCAUAUCUUAUAAAUAUAAAUAACAUAAUAUUAUAUAUAAAUAAUAUAUAAAUAUUUUUUUGCUCUCAUAACUUAUAGGGGCAUUUUUUACAUUGUAAUAGACUAGAUCAUGUAGUGAAUGCUUUUGGCCUUUCAAACUUUCUUUAAACAUUGUCUGGAAGUAAAGAAAGUAAGUUUUUUUUAUUAUUAUUAUUAUCCACAAUGAUACAAUGAGGAUUUCUGAGGAUGAAGUAGACUAGUCACUGCAUUUGCCAGUGUUUGUCUUUGUGGGCAGCUACUGAGUUCCAGUCCUAACUCAAGGUCCUUUCCUUAUUCUUUUCCAAUUAAAAAAAAAAAAAAAGAAAUCCCAUUUUUUGCCAUUCAUUAGCAAAGCACAAACUAUAAAAACAUAUUUUAACUUUAUUUGAAUUCAAAACAUAUAAAGAUUGUAAAGCUGUUUAUAAAUCAUGAUGUGUAAUCGCCAAUCAAUCUGUAAUGCUAUAAAAGUGUUCUGACUCAAUAAUCUUUACAGCUGCCACAUCUGACUGUGACGUCUAUAUAUAGCCAUUAUUUUGUAAUCAAAACGGAAAUCAUUAUUGCUGGUCUUGGACAAUAACUGCAAGUAAUUUUAAUGCAUCAACGUCAAAAAAAAUAAGGAUUUAGGGCAUAUCUAAACUUUUGAAAGGCACUGUGUGAAUGUAUUUUUAAUACAUUUUAAACUGUAAAUAUGUGUGUACAAGAGAUUUUAUAUGAGAUGUUAUUUAUAUGUAAAUAAAUAAAAUACGUAAACUAUUUAGUUGUAUGAAAUUUGUUGUAUAAUGCUGUACAUUUGAUAUUUUGUCUAAAUUAGUAAUUAAAUCAACUUCAACACUUUAAAGCUAUUUGAUUCUAUUUAUGAUCUGGUAAGGUGUGUGACACAGUGUAAAGUACAAGCUCGGCAUUGUCUGGCCCCUCCCCUUGCUGAAAACACACCUAUGUACUUUAUGGUCUAGUUCACUUUCUGAAACUCACCAUAGGAGAAGUGAAUGACUCUCUUCAUCUGCUGAAGUACAGGAAUGGAAUCUACAAUGAGUCUCCUGUCUGAGAAGCACUUCCUGUGCUCUCUGUGUGAGGAGAUCUUCAGCAACCCCGUGACAACGCCCUGUGGACACAGCUUUUGUAAAGCAUGUCUCCGUGUUUACUGGAGCCGCAGCGGGUCAGACGAGUGUCCGCUCUGUAGGAGGGCCUUUGGCUCCAGACCCCAUAUCAGCGUGAACCGCAUACUGGCGGACGUCACUGAAAACUACAGGAAGACACGUUUGGCUGCUAAAUCCAAGUUCUUCAGUAUGGAUGAACUUCAGGAUGAACCUAAGAAUGCAGGAGAGGUGCAGCAAAUGAUUCAGGAAAGAUUUCAGAAGAUUGAGAAUCUUCAGAAUUCCUUAAAGGUCCUAAAGAGCACGUGUCUUCGGGAGGUUCAGGAAAGUCAAAGGGUGUUUUCUUUUCUGUUGAGCACCUUAGAGAAGAGCCAUAAACUGGUAGUGGCUGCUGUUGAGCAGAAACAAAAAGAGGCGGAGAAAAGAGUUGAAAGACUUGUAAAAGACCUGGAGAAAGAAAUGCUUGAACUGGAAAAUGGACGCACCAACCCUGAGCACUUGGAUGACAAGGAGCGUCUUAAAAAGAGCUUCAGUGAUAUACCGCGAGCGAUGAGAGACUGGUCUAAAGUCACGCUGGAGACUGAUCCUUGUGUUGGCUUCACCAGGCAGGCUGUGGUGGACUUCAUGGAUACAGUCACGAUGGAAGCUAGAAGACUUUCUAAAGCUGAACUGAAGAGACUGCAGAAGUACUCAGUUGAUGUAAAUCUGAAUCCUCGGACAGCUCACGCUUACCUCUACAUCUCUGAGGACAGGAAGGAGGUCAGACAUGCGAAUAAGCGACAAGAAGUCCCAGAAAACCCCAAAAGGUUUGACCGGGUGGCUAACGUAAUGUCCAAGGAAGCCUUCAGCCAUGGAAAGCACCUUUGGGAAGUGGAGGUUGGAGACAAGACUGACUGGGAUCUGGGAGUAGCCAAACAAUCUGUCAACAGAAAGGGAAAGUUUACAAUCUGUCCAGCCAAUGGCUUCUGGAUGCUUAGCUUAAAGAAUGGCACCCAAUACAUCGCUAACACAUUCCCUCCAACUUUCUUCAGCCUCAGUCACAAACCUAAAAGACUGUCUAUUUACCUGGACUUUGGGGAGGGACGUGUGUCUUUCUAUUGUUUGGAUACCGGGACCCAUAUCUACACUUUCAAAGAUACUUUCACAGAUAAGCUCCACCCCAUCUUCAGCCCGGGACGACCCCACGGGGAAAAGAACACUGCUCCCCUUAUCAUCAGCAGCAGCUGCUGCAGCAUCUGAAACAAUAUGCUAGCUCUUACUGCCCCUGCCUCUCUUUCUUUACCAUUGCCAUCAUAGGAUGCACUUCAUUUAUUAUUAUUAUUAUUAUUAUUUCAAAUAUUACUUUUUAUUUAUUACUGGUGCUUGCUAAAACCUUAUGUGUUAUUUUUUUAUUGCUACACUACAAACAUGAAUGAUACCUCAAACUGUCCGAUAUUUUUCAGGAGAGGUAGACUGUUUUUUAAGCGAUUAGACACUGAGCUGAUAAAUAAUAAUAAUAAUUAAUCCUGUCAAAGCCCUGUGAAAAAGAAGUACACUUAGUCUUCUUCAAAUCUUAAAAGUAUAUAUUUUCUGAAAAACUUAUCUUGCAAAUAAUAUAAUAUUACUGAAAAAAGGCAACUUGUAGUAUGUACUUACAGAGAGUACAGUUUCAUGAUUAUAUUUCUUAGAACACUUUUUUUAAAAGAAAGUUUUGUAAUCAUGUCAAAUGAAAUGCUUGACUUUAAAGUACAUUUUAAAUCAUUAUGUUUAUCAUUGUUUUAUCUUUUCAUAAUCUUUUGUCAAGCUUUAAAGAAGUGCACUUGUUUUGAUGUGUUGACUAAAUACUAAAGCACUUAAUUAUAAUUAAAAUUUUUGUGUUA